AUGCCAUCAUGGUAUAGAGAGUUUGGCCAGAGAGGCAGCUUGGUUAAGGAGACAGAUUCGAGCACGUGCUGGUUUCUGUGGUGGUGUCACCAGUGGCUGCUGCAGCAGCCUCCAUACCAAGAGAGAGAGCAUGGGCAAAGGCACCAGAGGUGGUGUGCAAGCAGAUUCUACUCACCACCAGCAAGAACUGAAGGAACAGAAAAUGCCAUGUUGCUGACCACAGACAGUCGCAGACUGUGUAUGAUCCAGAAACCAAGGGAAAAGCAUGAGGACCACACAAGAUAUGGUGGGAAGGUAACCCCUCCCCUCCCCCAACUGUACACUGACAAAGACCUGGCCAGAGCAGCUAGCACCAUUAACUCAGGCCUUCGAAAGGAGCCAUUCAACAGGUCAAAAGAUCCUGAUCUGCAAGGCUCAGCACCACCCCAGCAGAAAGGUGGCCACAGGGCAAGGGCGAGGGAGGAGGCAGGGGAGGUUCAGGUGAGGCCACCAGCCACAGCCAUGAAGACAAACUUCGUCUUGAGAAGUGAGCACCAGAAUUGCUGUGGGUCCUCCGCCGGCCCGCGCAGGAGCGUCCUGUGCUGUGCCAGUGAGAACGCGAAUGCCGAGAGCUUUGACUCUGCCAGAUACCUCUCCAGAUACAAAGCGUCAGGAAAGAUCCACAAGGCUGCAAGCCAGGGCGACGUAGGCAAAGUGCAGAGGAAGCUCUUAGGUGGGAAAAACGACGUGAAUGCCAGAGACAAGAAGAACAGGUCAGAGGGCCUGGGAGUGAGGAAUUUCUCAUUUCACAGGACUGCUCUGCAUUAUGCAUGUGCUUAUGGGCAUCCAAAUAUUGUGGUUCUUCUCAUAGAAAAGAAGUGUGAGGUUAAUAUUCGAGACAGUGACAACAGCACAGCUCUGAUUAAGGCCUCACAAUGUCAGCAUGAGGAAUGUGUGACUCUCCUACUCAAAUAUGGUGCUGAUCCAAAUGUGAGGGAUGCCAGCGGCAACACUGCCAUCCAUUAUACCAUCUACACUGACAAUGUGCCAAUAGCUGCCAAACUGCUUGCAUACAAUGCAAGUAUUGAAUUGCAAACCAAGGAUGGCUUCACACCACUUUUGCUUGCUCUAAAGGAAAACAAAGAGCAAAUGGCAGAAUUUUUAAUAGAGAAUAAAGCCAAUAUACAUGCAGUUGAUGAGCUGAAUAGAUCAACCCUCAUGUAUGCUGUCCAAUGUGAAUCAAAACAUAUGGUCAAGUUUCUUCUUCAGCAAGGCGUUGAUGUCUUUUUAAAAGAUGCUUUUGGAUGGUCUGCAUCAUCUUAUGCUCUUUAUGGCCAUUGUGAAGUCAUUAAGAGAACACUUUCCAAAUAUGAAGAAAAGAUUCUUAGAUGUAUCCCACGCAACAAUCCUGACUCCUCAGUCAGUGAGAGUUGUGGUCCUGGAUUCAGGAAAUCCCCUCAGGAGGGAAAGAGUUCCUGUUACUUUCCUUGUACUCCUUGCCCAGAGAAUGAGAUUUCUAGUGGGACAGAUGCUGGUGACUCACCCAAUCUUGUGGAUUUGCUUUACUCAUGUGACAGACUAAUCCAAUGUAAAAUUAGUAGAUGUGCAUUGCUUUCAAGAAAAGUUAAAAUAAUGGAACAUAAGAUCAGAAGACCACAGGAAGAGCUAUUAGAGAUAGAAGAAGUGAAAUCUCAAUUAGAGGAUGAAAACAGUGAACUGGAUGAAAUUUGCCAUAUUAGAAUUCUAUUGCAACAAGAAGAUUUGAAGAAAGACAAUGCUGAUCAAUAUUUUGGAAACACUGAGACAGUGCUAAGAGAAAAAGGAAAUCAUAAUGAUGCAGAAGAAAUAGGGCAACUUGCAAUGUAUGCUAAGAUGCUAUAUAUAGAAAUUAGCAGGAUAAACUAUCAUUUCAAACAGGUAAAUUGA